GCUGCUGCAUUGUCAUGUAAAUUGGGGAUGGUACAGGGAUAGGGGGAGAGAUGGGGGACGUGUGGAAGAGGGAAAGGUUAACGGGCUUGGAAUAUAUAUAUGUGGUUCAAGGCGCUGAUAUGGCGCAGUGCAGCUCUGCAAGUUAGGGUGCUAGGGACCGCUCAGAUGGGGAUCCCCGAAUCUUGGAUUCAUGCUCAACGCUUGGCCCAGGCUUCCUCCAACAGCUUCCCCCGCAACGUGCACGCUAGUGGGCGUCCUUGUCGAGUAGUCGCAUUCGCCCCGGAACAGUCAUGCGGACGAGGACGCCGCCAGAACACUCGCCGCGAAUGUCGAGAUGGUGGAUACCGGCAGUGCCUCGCAAGACCUAACAUCCGUGCAAUUUCUUUCACCAGGAUCCAGACACACCAAGGACCGCAACGAGUUUAAUUUGACAGGCACGACUAUCACUCCCGGCUUCACACAAGC